CAGCGAACGCCACCACCAGGGCAAUGGCAUUAGUGUAAUGGCGAGCGCAGAGAAAGCAGGGGACGGCGACGGUGCUGGCGCCCAAAACAAUCUGAAUCAGUUACUGACCGCCCUGGGCGAUUAUUAUAGCGGCCGCAAGGAUGAACAGCACCCAGUCAACAUCCUCGAGGACAAGCGGAUCUUUCCGGAGUUCCGCGGCGGACCUUUGGACACGUACCGUCAGCGUGCGAGCUUCUGCUACAAGCGCAUGAACGUGCUGCUCGAGGGUGAGGAGCAUAUUCGCCUAAAGCACAAGGUGUGGCAAUGGAUGGAGCGCCACCCCGACUUCCAGCGAGAGCCCGAGGCGCCCGGCCUGGAGCGUACCCGGGAGUUGGCCAACAAGAGGCAGCAUCUGCUCUGGGAGCAACAGUUCUAUGGUGUUAAUGAGUACCUGGGAACCCCGCACUUGCUAUUGGCCUUCGGUCAGGCCAUCUUUAGCUACGACUUUAGCACGUCUGUGAAGUUCGGCCUGUCCACGGGUAUGUUCCCCAGCACCCUAGUCUCAAAUGGAUCCGGUCGCCUGGGCAAGUAUGUGGCUAAGAUCGCCGACAAUCGUAUCUUGGGUGCUUACGCUCUCACCGAGAUCUCGCACGGCACCAAUGCGCUUGGUAUGCGCACCCGCGCCACCUACGACUUAAAGAGGCAGGAGUUUAUCAUACAUACGCCGGACUUCGAGGCGGCCAAGUGCUGGGUGGGCAACCUAGGCAAGACCUGUACCCACGCAAUUGUGUACGCACAGCUGUUUGUUCCAGAUGACAAACACCAGGGAUUGCAGGCCUUCCUGGUGCCCAUUCGAGACGAGCGUACUUUGCUACCCUUCCCCGGCGUUACCGUGGGUGAUUUGGGCGAAAAGAUCGGCCUCAACGGCAUUGACAACGGCUUUGUUAUGUUCAACCAGUACCGUAUUCCAAAGGAAAAUCUCCUUUCCAAGACAGGCGACAUCGACGCACAGGGCAACUACACCAGCCAGAUUAAAGACGAGCGCAAGCGACUGGGUGCUUCGCUGGGCGCCCUAUCCGUUGGUCGCGUCAACAUAACAGCCAUCACGUACGUGGCCCUCAGCAAGGCGGUAACUAUUGCCACUCGCUACGGAGCAAGCCGGCGGCAGUUCGGGCCACCCAACUCUACGGUGGAGUGGCCAGUGAUCGAGUAUCAGUCGCAGCAGUACCGUCUCAUUCCCCAUUUGGCCACAACGAUUGCUCUGCGUGUGGCCACGCUGUGGAUCGGCAAGGAGAAUGUUGAUCUGACAAUGAAGGGCUUUACUGGUGAGGACACUUCGCAGGCGGGCAUGGAAAUUCACGCCAUAUCGUCGGCCCUCAAGCCAGUGGCCACCUGGGCGGCCAGGGAUGGCAUCCAAGAAUGCCGGGAGGCAUGCGGAGGCCAUGGAUACUUAAGAUCUUCGGGUUUGGGUGACCUGCGAAACGAUAACGAUGCCAACUGCACCUACGAGGGCGAGAACAACACACUUAUCCAGCAGGCAUCGAAUUGGCUCAUUAGCCUUCGUCGUAACAACGCCGACUUUGUCGCUGUUUCACCUCUGGAAACAGUGUCAUUCCUGCAAAAUAUGGAUGCCCUGCUGCAGAGCAAGGGCCAGGAGCGUACACCAGCUGAGGCCUUGGAUCCCAACAAUCUUCUAAAGGCGCUCAACUGGCUCACUGCUUGGCAACUGGAGACUACUGUAAAGCGAGUCGAGCAGCAACAACGUGAGGGUAAGGAUGCUUUCGAAACGCGCAACAACAUCCAGGUCUUUGCGGCCCAAAAGCUUUCUCUAAUCUAUGGCGAGCGAACCAUAUAUUACGUGUUCUAUAAGUUUGUGACCAACUUGCCCGCCUGCGAGAAGGAGGUGCUACAGCAAGUGCUCUCGUUUUAUGGAGCUCAUUUGGUCACCAAGUAUUCCGCCAUUUUCUACCAGGGCGGCUUCUUCCGGGACAAUUCGCAUCUGAAUUUAUAUGAGCAGGGAAUUUUGGGUCUGCUAUCUGUCCUCAAGGAUGAGGCCAUAGCCCUGGUGGAUGCAAUUGCUCCUACCGAUUUUAUUCUGAACUCGCCUUUGGGCAUGAGUGAUGGCAAUGUUUACCAGCAUCUGCAGCGCACGAUUGUGUCGACCCCGGGUGUCUAUGAACGUCCCCAUUGGUGGCGUGAUGUUACCUACAAGGAUUACCUCAAGCGCGCCAAGUUGUAGAUAUGCAACUACAUGACUGUGCUCACAAAGUUUACCUUGUUAUCGCUGUACAUUUAAAAGUUAUUAAUGUACCCACUAUUAUAAAGGGUGCCUAUAUAAUUAAUGAAUCCUUCAUAUGAAAACAUUUUAAAAUGCUCUAUGGCUUACAUUCCAGCUUCUUUAAAAUGAGGCGCAGGAUUAGCCCUUUAUAGUUUGUACUUAAGUUUGAACAAACGACUUAAAUAUUAAAUACUCCCAACAUCACAGACAUUUUUGUACGUAUUGCAAAGCAAUGAUUAAUAAAAAUUUGUAGAUCUUUUUAAAA